ACCGUGGACUGACAUAUGCAUUAUUACAAAGUCCCAUUCAAACAAAUCGUCUUUUCUUCGCUCGCGCUAAAUGUCUUCUUGCGCUCACCCGCAUUUUACAAGAUAAUGCCGAAGUAUAUCCGUCUGGCUGCGAUUUGGUUGUUCAUCCUUGCCUUUCAACUUUUCCAGAAGCCAGUUACGUCCACACACAUGUGCCGUUAUAAAAGAUACAAAGAGUUCAUUUCGGUUAAAGAUGGUUACAACUGCAAGAAAACGAGGGUAAAACUGGGUAUGUGUGUUGGAACAUGCGAGUCAUACGCAAUCCCUCUUCCCAUCGAGCGAGAAGACAGCCAGCCGAGAUUUAAAAUUGGAUGCCAGUGCUGUGCACCGAAAGAAAUUAAAGAGAAAACUGUGAGAUUUGGCGAAGGAUGUGAGAAAUCCAUAGUGGUUUCCCAGAUUCGCUCGUGUGAGUGCAAAAACUGCUCUCGACGUGAUCUUUGAGGACAGAGACGGAAAUGGCAUUAGCGCGUGGGUAAGAUAUCGUUACAGACCUGUACAUCAUUAUAAGAGUCAGGAGCCAAUCAUUUAAGUGAACCUCAGUAAAACUACCGCGAUUGCAGUACAUUGGCAAAGACGGAAUGUUUCGUCAAGACGUCUAUUGUAAAAUUAAUUACUUUGGGGAUGAAAACAAGACGAGAUUGAUCUGAAUAUGCUAGCUUUUUAGUCGAUUACACGAAAAUGAAUGACAAUAUUUCUCUACUUUCUCAACAUGAGGAGGUACACUUUUGUUUAGCGAAAUAAUAGUAGAGUUUGGCCACAAUCCACCGCGAAACAUCCUUCGAGAGGUUGACAAAAGAAACUUUCGUGUUCAAAGACUGAGUAGUAUAUGAUUGAUUGGAACCCAAAUGUUUAUUAGGCAGACCACAAAAGAAAGCUGGCUGGAGGCAAAGGUGGCAUAAUGAACUAUUGUUUUGUGUAUUUAGCACUUGGCUGAUUCCAGAGUAAAAAAAAAAA